UUGUUAACAAACUCCAAACAACCGACAAAACAUAGAUCACCAAAAUUCACUUUCCUAAUAUAAAAUUUUAUCUCAAAUCUACCCUCUUCUUCUCCAUCUUGCUUAUUUUCACUGAUUCAGUGGCUAACUCCUAUUACAAUCAUAGAAGUAAAGCAUCAGCACCAAGCUGUUUGUUUGUUUGGAGCAAAAAUGGGAUCUGUUUCUUUGAAAAUAGGUGAUGGAACUGCUAGAUUCAAGAAAGCUACAUAUUGUUCUUCAGCUCUAAAUCUACUUAUGCUUUUCUCUGUUGUUACAACUAAUCUUUUUGCUUUAUAUGCUUUUACAUCCUCACCCAAGAACCCCCAUUAUCAUCUACUACUCCCACAUACCCACAAGAACAUAUCUUUAAUCUCAGAACAAGUUUCUUUAAUUCUAAGAGAAAUUGAUUCUUCCCAAAAAAAACUUGCCCAAAUGGAAAAAGAGCUUUUAGGGUAUGAAAGUUUUGAUCUUUCUAGUCCCAAAGUUCCAAAUGAAGUGAGAAAUUUCUUGCAACCCCAUUUGCUCCCUUUAGGUAAAGAUUCAAGAACUGGGAUUACUGAAAUGGUUGCUUCUAUUGGACAUUCUUGUGUGAAAUCUUUAGAUUUGCUUUCUCAGUUUAUGAAUUAUAAGGUUAAUGGUCUUUGUCCUGAUGAUUGGAGUGUUGGGCAGAAGCUGAUUCUUAGUGGCUGUGAGCCUUUGCCAAGAAGAAGAUGUUUUGCUAAGACAAUACCUAAGGUUGGUUUACUUAAAUUACCUGAUUCACUUUGGGGAAAUUAUAGUGAAAAGAUUUAUAGUUGGAGUGGUCUUAGUUGUAAGAAUGUUGCUUGUUUAAAUGUUAAGAAAUUGAAUAGAGAUUGUGCUGGUUGUUUUGAUGUUGUAAGUAGUGGUGGGUAUGAGAGGCAAAGAUAUGUUAAGGGUAGAGGAAAAAAUGAUUUCUUGAUUGAUGAUGUAUUGGGAAUGUUGGGAAAUGGUGGUGGAAUUAGAAUUGGAUUUGAUAUUGGUGGUGGAUCUGGUACAUUUGCUGCUAGAAUGGCUGAAAGGAAUGUGACUAUAGUUACUUCUACGUUGAAUGUUGAUGCACCAUUUAAUGAGUUCAUUGCUGCACGGGGUGUAUUCCCGUUGUAUUUGAGUUUAGAUCAUCGGUUUCCCUUUCAUGAUAACGUGUUUGAUUUGGUACAUGUGGGAAAUGUAUUGGAUGUGAGCGGACGUCCUGAGAAAUUAGAGUUUUUAGUGUUUGAUAUUGAUAGAGUUUUGAGGGCUGGAGGGUUGUUUUGGUUGGAUAACUUUCUUUGUUCAAAUGAAGACAAGAAAACUGCAUUAACGAGGCUGAUCGAACGUUUUGGGUACAAAAAGCUUAAAUGGAUUGUUGGUGAGAAGAUCAAUGGUUCGGGAAAAUCUGAGGUUUAUUUGUCUGCUGUUCUACAGAAACCAGUAAGGGUUUGAUGGUAACGCGGGGUUUCUCAUAGAAAAGCUGUGCAAGUUCAUCAUUGACAUAGAAUAAGUGAACGUAUUCGUCUUCUUUUACACAACUGCUAACCAGCAUCAUAGGAGGGAGGCGGGUUCGGCUUUGUGGCAGGUAUUAUAUGUCUACGAUCUGUAAGAUUAUGCACUUAUCUUUGCAUUGAACUAGAUAUUGCUGGCAUUGGCAUGAGCCUUUUGUCUGUGUCAAUUGUUGAUUUGAGUUUAGGAAGAAAAGAAAACGAAGCUUUUUUUCAAAUUUCAUUGUAUUGUUGGGAUAUAAGUUACAUCAUCUGAUAUUGUCCCCUUGAUUAAAGCAUUUGGUUGAUGCCUUUUGGACA